CUGUCCAAGCAAUGCCCGUAUAUCCGCAUUGCAUUGUAUUUCAUUUUCAAUAAAAUUGACCUACCCCACAUAAUAAACACGGAGUGCUCUAUGAACUGCUUACUGUAACUUUAAGCGUAACUAAAGGGAACGUUAGUUUCAAUGGCUGUGUCUCAGUAGAUAGGACCAGGCGCGGUGUUCGCGCCCUUAGAGACCGUUGUCAGGGAAGGAGGAAGAGGAGGCGGAGGGAAGAGGAAGAAGCAGCUGCAACAUGGCGGAGGUAAGUUUAUGUUAUUGUGCUUACAUUGUUGUAUACAUAUCGGAAUAUCCAUAAUGCUUUGGUGCUUGGUAUCUGUGCGGGCGAAACCUUUAACUACUCUGUAUGAGUGAGCAGGCCGUGAUAAGUGUGAAUUGUGUGUCUGUGUGUAAAUAUAUAAUAAGGUGUGUGAGUGGGCCCGAGUACCGUGGAGUCAAACACCCCCUGGCCACUAUUCUCUUCCAAUUCAACUGCUCAAAUAUUUUAAGGACCACUAUAAGCACCCAGACCACCUCAGCUCAAUGAAGAGGUCUGGGUGCCAGGUCCCCCUAGUUUUAACUCUGCAGCUGUUAACAUAGCAAUGUCAGAGAAACUGCUAUAUGUUUACAUUGCAGGGUUAAUCCAGCCUCUAGUGGCUGUCUUCCUGACAGCCGCUAAAGGCGUUAACGCGACGCUCAAUGCGAAAAUUGCAUUGAGCAUGCAGAACGUCUAUAGGAAAGCAUUAAGUAAUGUUUUCCUAUGGGCCGUUUGAAUGCGCGCGCGUCUCUGGCUGCGCAUUCGGCUCCACUCGGGAGCUGACGUCGGAGGGGGAGGAGAGGUCACCAGCGCUGGGUUAAGGUAAGUGGCUGAAGGAACCUAUAUAGUGCCAGGAAAACGAGUUUUGUUUUCCUGGCACUAUAGUGGUCCUUUAAAUUGAACCUACUUUUCUACCUUAUCUUUUGUUUCACUAUAACUCACUCACCUUAGAACAGCAGCCCCCAAAAUGUAGAUCCCCAGAUGUAGAACAACUUCCAUGAUGCUAUGCAUGGCUUUGAAAACGACAAAGCAUCAUGGAAGUUAUAGUUUUAAAACAUCUGGUGGAUCUAUCUUUUGGGCACCCUGCUCUAGAAUGUAAGGUUAUUUGAGCAGGGCCCCCAACACCAUUUGUUCCUGUGUGUCUUACUUGUCUGGUUACAAAUAUGUGUCUGCUAGUCCACCCAUUGUACACCGCUACAAAAUUUGUUGGCACUUUGUAAAUAAUAAUAAUCACAUCUCUCGAAAUACUGCAUACAAUGAAAUACUGGAAAAUAGUUAUCGCUUUUGUUAAAAUUGUUUUGCUUGUGAUGCUCUGUAGUGUUGGAUAAGUCCUUAUUUGACCCAUGGUUCUGUGACAUCAUUUUUGGAACGGUCUGCUAUUUGCAUAGCAAUAUGCUAGUCUGUAAAAGAUUUAGCAUUUGACAUUAGAAAACAGUCCUGGCACCUGGACUUUGGGGCUUCGUUCAGGAGAGCUAGUGACUGGUCCCGAGUAGACACUUCAAGCUCUCCUGGAGGCUGCAAAGAGGUGGACCCCAGGUGAGAAGUCAGACCGUUCUAUAAAUCAUCUAGGACUGGUACAUAGUUCCCAACCACCACCUCACUAUAAAAAGGACUACAUUUACUCCUCCAGCCCAUGCCUGUCUAACACCCCUUUUGAUGGCCCAGGAGUCAUCACAGACCAGCAGGAAACUCAGAGGCAUGGCACGCCUGACAGGGAGCAGUCCAUAAACUCUCUAAAAUCUACUGGUUCCCGGAGUUGCCGCAGUUUGGUAAAACUUUGGCGUGGGCGCUCUCUGCCCCAGAGUCAUCAAACAGGGCUCUAUUUGGAGGGAUGAUUGCGUAGGUGGUGAGUUAUUGAACAAGACAAGACUUGAGGGACCUCCAAGUACCAGUGUGAAAGCACCUUCAUUUAAGGUGACUGAGACUUACCACCCAGCACUCUGAAAUUCUGCUCCAGAUCGGAGGAUGGUUGCAGCCCUGUCAAGAUUUGCAUUCAGUUUACUUGGGUUAGACACAUCCGAUCCGAGUGCUUUUUGGACAGAAUAGGCGAUCAGAGGAGAGCUUUCCAGGAAUUGCAUUGGUUUAGGGGUGCAGAUAUGGGAUCCCCAGUUUUUAUGCAAAAAUUAGGCGCAAAGGUAUCGGACACUGACACUUAGGUGCCAGACGUUAUGCAAUACAUAUUGGUGUCCCCCUGUUGGGUUCCCAGGUAUAAAAGAGUGUCACUUGUCCCAAUAAACCAGUUCUUAUUCACCCUUUACAAAGUCUUGGCUAGUGUUUGGGUGGAACAGCGAUAUUGGCUAUAAUCUCUGAGCUACAUUCACUCGGGCUAUAAUAACAAGGUGGAAAGGGGACCUUGGCAGCGACAUACAAGCUUUCUGCAGAUAUGCUGUUAAAGAGAGGUUCUUCAACCACUCAGGCUACUUCUGCACUGCAUACCUCUCCUUCCCCUGCAAUGUCAGGGAGAAGGCAUGGCCUUCUCAGCAAUGGGCCAAUCCAAUGUUCUUCAUAGAGGAGCAUGGGGGACUUAAUGCACAUGUGCAGCGAGCAACAUGUGAGCAUUCAAACUUUCCCAUAGGAAAGCAAUCAGUUUUUCUAUGGGGCCUCUGUGUAACAGGACAGUUUUUCUCGGUCAGUGCAGCUGAAAAGCCUCUAUUAGCUGUCAUACGGACAGCCACCAGAUGUGCAUUUAACCCUGCAAUGUAAACCUCAGGGACACUGCAGCCAGACCACUUCACUGAAACGAAGUGAUCUGGGUGACUAUAGUUUUAAAGUAAGGCUAAAAUAGCCAACAUGUGACAGAUCAGGCUUGAUCAGGGUGGAUAAAAAAAAAAGUGUAUUUAACUCUUUUGUUGAAUGUAGGGAGGCUAAUACUAGUAGGGACAGUAACACUAUUAUGUUAGGAAUACAGUUCUAUUCCUAGGAAUUUGUAUUCCUAACGUCCUGAUCCUUUAAAGGAACAUCCUAAUGUUAGUGAUACAAAUGUGUUCCUAAUAUUAUUGCUGUGGUUGUGAUAAAAAUUAGGUUCCUGGCACUGGCCACUCAUCACAAACUUGUCUUUCAAUAUCUUUUACCAACAUAGAAUGACUUGGCAUUUGCAACAAUGGAGAGGCUAGAUACAACUAAUUGAAUGCCACAUUCUAUUUUGGUAAUGGAUCUAAUAAUCAGAUUUGUUUUACUGGAUAGAUUAACACUGGUCCUUUAGAAUGGUAAUUUCAGAUUGUUGAACAUAUAAAUUAAAAACCUGGAUUCACUUUAGCACUCUGAAUUGUGUAGCAAUAUAAAUACGAAUUACUCUGUUCCUUAUAAAUACUGCUAUGAAUUAGAGCCCCGCUGCAAAUAUGUAUUUCAUUCAUUAAAACAGAAAAAGGAUCCAUGAGUGGCGGACUUUUAUUAUGGUUGUCUGAGAUCCUGAUUGCUUGAAUGUUUUAGCAUUUGAGCCACUGCAUUAUGAGGCACAGACUGACAUAUUUGUAAACCUAGGAAUUUAAACAUAGCAAUGAACAAUAGAAAAGAUAAUCCCAGUACAAUUACUAAUUAUUAAGCCACCCAACUAUCGUAGAGCAUUCUUUUAAUAAUGUAGGUAAGCUAACUUGGUUACACUCUGGCAUCUUUCCUGAAUUAAUCAUAUACUUAUAAGUUCUGUAACUUGGUUCUUAACAUGCUUUUCUCUUUUCUUCCACAGGCAGAGAUCGUAGAGGGAUGCAGACUGCCUGUUCUACGCAAAAACCAGGACAACGAAGUAGAAUGGCGUAAGUAAACACUAAAACACUUUACUUAACUUUACAAAGUCUAGAGGAAAAUUUUAAAGGACCACUAUAGGCACCCAGACCACUUCAGCUUAAUGAAGUGGUCUGGGUGCCUGGUCCAGCUAGGGUUAACCCUUUUUUUUUUUUUCUUCAGAGAAACUGCUAUGUUUAUAAAUAGGUUAAUCCAGCUAUGUUUAUAAAUAGGUUAAUCCAGCCUCCAAUCUUGACAGCCGCUAGAGGCGUUUGCGUGCCUCUCACGGUGAAAAUCACAGUGAGAAGACGCAAGCGUCCAUAGGAAAGCAUUAUGAAUGCUUUCCUUUGAGAGUGGCUGUGCGCGCCGCUCCUCCUGCCGCGCAUGCGCAUUCAGCCGAGGAGGAGGAGAGCUCCCUGCCCGGCACUGGAGAAAGAGGUAAGUUUAACCCCUUCCUCUCCCCAGAGCCCGGCGGGAGGGGGACCCUGAGGGUGGGGGCACCCUCAGGGCACUAUAGUGCCAGGAAAACAAGUAUGUUUUCCUGGCACUACAGUGGUCCUUUAAGCUUUUGGCACAGUGUGUUCUGUUUUUUUUGUGUUUAAUUUGUACCUGCAUAGAUAUCUGAAUCCAUGGUAAAGAUGAGACCGGGGGAUAUGAUAGAAACAUUUAAAUACAUAAAGAGAAUCAACAUAGUAAAUGUGGAGACUAUAUAUGAGAAGAAAAACUACCACAACAAGAGAACAUAGUUUUAAAAUAGAGGGGCAAAUGUUUAAAACUAAUAUCAGGAAGUACUACUUUACUGAGAGGGUAGUGGACGCAUGGAAUAGUCUUCCAGCUGAAGUGGUAGAAGUUAACAAAGUGAGGAGUUUAAGCAUGCGUGGGAUAGGUAUAAGGCUAUCCUAAACUUAAAGGGACACUGUAGGCACCCAGACCACUUCAGCUCAUUCAAGUGGUCUGGGUGCAAUGCCCCAUGUCCCUUAACCCUGCAAUAGUAAUUAUUGCAGUUUCUGAGAAACUGCAAUAAUUACCUCUUAGGGUUAAAGGGAUUCUCCAGUGCCAGGAAAACAUAUUAGUUUUCCUGACACUGUAGGACCCUCUAGUGCCCCUCUACCUCCCACACCCCAUCCCAAGUUGCGCUCACACCCCCCCUCCCUCGGCGCUGGGUCAGGCUCCUCCCGGGAGAGACCUAAUGCGCAUGUGCGGCAAUGGCCGCGCACGCGCAUUAGACCUCCCCAUAGGAAAGCAUUGAACAAUGCUUUCAAUGCUUUCCUAUGGGGAUAUUGGCGACGCUGGAGGUCCUCACAUAUCUUGAGGACGUCCAGCGUCGUUUUAAACCACUUUUCGUGUUCUAUGAACACGGAAGUGUCCUCUAGUAGACAGCCACUAGAGGAGGACUUAACCCUGCAAUGUAAAUAUUGCAGUUUAUGAAAACUGCAAUAAUUACACUUGCAGGGUUAAGGGUAGUGGGAUUUGGCACCCAGACCACUCCAAUGGGCAGAAGUGGUCUGGGUUCCUGGAGUAUCCCUUUAAUUCCACCUCUAGUGGCUGUCUACCAGAUGGCCACUAGAGGGACUUCCGGAAUCGAAACGGACCUCCAGCGUAAGAUUUUUUUUUUUUUCCCAUAGGAAAGCAUUGAAUAAUAAAAUAAAAAAUAAAAAAAUCCUUAUGCAAGCGUGGCCAUUGCUACGCAUGCGCAUUAGGUCUCCCCCGCCGGCUGACGUGGGUGGAGUCUGACCUAGCGGCGAAGGGACAUCGGUACUGAAUUCAGGUAAGUGACUGAAGGGUUUUUAACCCCUUCAGCACCGUGGGAGGUUGGGCAUGAGGGAGGGGGGCACUGCAGGAGCCUAUAGUGCCAGGAAAACUGGUUUGUUUUCCUGGCACAAUAAAAUCCCUUUAAGGUUAGGUCAGGGACUAAUGAAAGUAUGAAGAAAAUUGGGCAGACUAGAUGGGCAAAACAUUUAUCUGCCGUCAAAUUCUAACUUUCUAAGUUAAUUAUUGUUUAGUAUUAAGCAUGGGCUGUGGAAAAUGUGCAUAUAUAUGUGUUCAACAAUAAAAAAAUGUUAAUGCUGAAAAAUAAACACCAUCCAUAAAGAGAACCCAGCUCAUUGUACUGACUAGAUAAUGUGUGAAAGUUAUAAUAAUUUUGUAGCCUGGAGUGUACUUGUAAUGCUCAUUAAUAGCACUCUACUUGAUUAAAACUUUAAAAACAAAUAUGAAACGAUUACAGAUUUUCUUUUCCGUUAUGCUGCAGCAGAGGAAUGGGUUUAUAUGUAACAUACUGAUCUCUCUACACAUUGUCCCUUUGCAGCACUGGCGGAAAUCCUGAGUGUCAAGGACCUGAGUGGGAAGAAGCUCUUUUAUGUUCAUUAUAUAGACUGUAAGUGAACAUCUGCGAUACUAGGAACAGAAAGUGUUGUGUUAAAUUGGCACAGUGUUAACCCCUUAAGGACACAUGACAUGUGUGACAUAUCAUGAUUCCCUUUUAUUCCAGAAGUUUGGUCCUUAAGGGGUCAAUGCAGUCUUUUUUUUUUUUUUUUUUUCUGUGGCUGGAAAAAGCAAAGUAGCUUGGCACCUCUAUAAAUCACAGUGGAAUUUUAUGGGCUUGGUAGGUCAACCUUUGUAUUUCCAUAGCUGGUGAAUUGAAACAGCUGGAUGCUACUCUGUAUUACAAAUUAAAUCAAAUCCUGGCUAAAAAUGAAAUUAUACACAUGUUGUGUGCAACCUAAAACAUGCCCUUCUUUUUAUCUUUAUUAUUUUCUGGAAAGCUGCCUAUUCUGUAUACACAAACAUGGUAGCAAAAUUGGCAACUGAUUUUCUGUCAGAUUGAUGAGGAGAUGCUAGGCUUUUCUGGCACAGACUGGUGUCCUCUGCAAAUGUCUAAUAAUUCCAUGUGUGGAGGUUAAGUUAAAUGCUUGUGCUGGAUAUAUCAGCAAUAUAACAGUCUUUUGUUUUUAUUUUUUUACCAUAUAAUCUUGCAUUUACACUUCAUGCUUAUUUAGCAUUUUUGACUUUUUUUUUUUUAACACUUGAUUCUUAUUUUCUCAAACUGCUUCCUUUUUUGUUUUUUGUUUUUAUAUAAAGUUAACAAGAGGUUAGACGAGUGGGUCACUCAUGACCGCUUGGACCUAAAGAAAAUUCAAUUUCCAAAAAAAGAAGCAAAAACGCCAACAAAGAAUGGGCUGUCUGGAUCUCGACCAAGUUCGCCAGAACGAGAAGUGGUAAGCUUCUCAAGCAUUCCCUUACCCCAACAAAAUUCUAUAGCACUUACCAAGGUGAGAAGUACAACAUAAGUACAGCAAAAGUUAAAAUAAAAUAAUAGAGAGAAAAAAAACAACCUCAUCAAAUUAUUCUGAAAUGCUUUAACAGUGCAAUGCUCAGGAUUUACUUCUAAUGUGCUAUUUGUUCUUAUGCUCACAGUGGGGGUUAAAUUUGUUUGCAUGGGUUCCACAGUCUAUGCCAGGAUAGACAAGCAUAUAUACAAUGAAAAUUAGGAAUCCAUGCAGGACUAGGAUAACACGAAAAAAAUUAUGUUCUUGAUUGCUGAGGGGAAAAAGCUUAUUUUUAACUGAAGCUGUUAUCCCUAGGCCAUUUUAAGGUGAUUAUUUAAUUAGUGCAUUAAGAAAAUGGUGCCACUUCCUGCCUGAAGUGAACCCUUAAUAUUCAGUUGUAGCACACUACAAGAUGAAAAGUCAGUUGUUUGUAAUGAACUUGAUAAUUUGAGCAUUCAUCGAUCUGCUAAAUUGGUUAUAUUUUUGAAUUAACAUGACUUCAUUUUCCAGUGAUUUGAUCUUUGCUACAGAAAAUACAGACUUAAAUACAAUCUGUUAGCCAUUUGGGAAGUUGAAUGUACGCUUACAAUUAAAACAAUGGUUUUUCAAGUGUUUUUAUCUGCAGAAGAAAAAAAAAUGCCACUAUUGGUACUAAUAAUGCCUGUGGAAGAAUUGAACUCAGACUGUGAUGAACCUAGAAGAGAAGUUUAUUUUUUCAGCAGGAUCUUGCUAUGAGAUAAAGUAAAUAUGCAUGCAUCUCUCAGACCAUCGCGACUUGUUUAUAUCAUUCUUUAAUUAAGCAGGUGCAGAGGAAGAUUCCUGAACUUAUCCUGCCUCCAGUUACUGCCCCUGCAGGAGGAGGGAAAUCACUCCCUGUGCCGGUAAAAUGCCUUUUGUUUUCAUAUUACACUUUUGCCUCUAAUCUGCCUCUCUGGUUUUUGUAUGCCCAAAUUAAAUCUGUUACAUCCUGCACCACCUUGCCGUAUAAAAACAUUUUACUGUUUCCAUUUUCGUCCAUUGUUAAUGUUUCUUUUAAAAAUCUUUUGCAUUUAUCUCCUUCUAGAAAAGGAAAGUAGAAGUGGUAUCGCCAGCAACUCCUGUUCCACCAACUCCAGAGACCACCCAGGCCUCGGUCUUCCCACAGGUAAAAUCCUCAGCAUUUAAAUCCUUAUCACUGAUUUUUAAGUUUUUUUUUGUUUGUUUUUUGCACACACUGAAAUCCUACGUUAUUUAUUAACAUAUUUCAAUUCUAAUGAAGGUGGAUUCCUUACAAGUACAAUAUUUAAAGGGAUACUAUAGUCACCAGAACAACUGCAGCUUAUUGAAUGUGUUCUGGUGAGUAGAAUCAUUACCUUCAGGCGUUUUGCCGUAAACACUGUCUUUUCAGAGAAAAUGCAGUGUUUAUAUUACAGCCUAGUGAUAACUUCACUGGCCACUCCUCAGAUAGCUGUUUGAGAUCCUUCUUGGGUCAUGGCUGCAUAGAAUGCAUCCAAUCAUUCAGUAUCUCUUCCCUCUGCAUGCAGACACUAAACUUUCCUCAUAGAGAUUCAUUGAUUCAAUUCAUCUCUGCUAUCUGAAAAAAUAACCCAGUGGGAGCUGUCACUGGAUGCAGAGUUCUGCAUGGGACGAACACCUAGUCUAAUAAAAUAUCUCUAGUUUGAUCUUAAAAAUCACUUUCAGACUGAUUAAAGGACCACUAUAGUGCCAGGAAAACAAACUCUUUUUCCUGGCACUAUAGGGUCAUUAGAUCCCCUCCCGCUGGGCUGAAGGGGUUAAAACCCACUUACCUUUCUCCAGCGCCGGGCUCCCUCUGUGCUGGGCAACUCUCCACCCUCUGCCGACAUCAGAUCCGAAUGCGCAUGCGUGGCAAGAGCCGCGCAUGCUUUCAAACCACCCAUAGGAAAGCAUUACUCAAUGCUUUCCAUACCACGUCCAGCAUCUUCUCACUGUAAUUUCAGUGAGAAUCGCGGAAGCACCUCUAGCGGCUGCCAGUGAGACAGCCACUAGAGGCUGGAUUAACCCUCAGUGAAACAUAGCAGUUUCUCUGAAACUGCUAUGUUUUCAGCUGCAGGCUUAAAACUAGAGGGACUUGGCACCCAGACCACUUUAUUGAGCUGAAGUGAUCUGGGUGCCUAUAGUGGUUCUUUAACUGUUUACUUCUUAAGAAAAAGUAUGAAAAAUGUUAAAAACCAAAGCUUUGCUGUUAUUCCCAUUCAAAGGAAAAGCUCCAAACAAGAAUUUUACGAUUAGUUGCUAAACCAUAUGAAAACAGGCCCACGUUACACUUGCUGAGAAUAAUCAGAGCUUAAAGCGGCACUACAAGCAGACUUUUGAAAGCAUUAUAUAGAAAGAAAACAUGCAUUUGAAUAGUGAAAGAAAAAGAACAAUGUGAACAUUCUUCUUUUGGAGAUUUUAACAGGAUCUAAUCAGUGCCCUCUUUCUCAUGGAAACCAGGAACUGUCUGAAUUCUCAACCAAUUUUGUGUUGUCUAACUUUUUUUGGUGAGAAUUAAUGAGCAUGCAACAUGCAUCAUGGCAUAAUACACAUGUCAUUGGAAACCCUAUAUUUGCAACCUUUCAUUGGUUUUUCAUAAAUGAUUAAGAAAAAUGUUAUUGAUAGAACAGGUUAUAGUGUCAAGUUAGGUUUUCAGUCAGAGUAUUUCACUUGUUCCUGGAAGUGAGAGACUGAGGACAGAAUGUGUUUUUCUUAAUGUGGUUUGUGCUCUCCUAGAUUUGUAGAUCACAUAUUUAAAUUUGCACACCAACUACCUAAGCAUGUAUCUUAGCUGAGCAAUUAAAGGUAGAAUUAUGAUUACAUUUGACUUAAUACUCAGUCAAAAGGCUGCAUAGAGCAGAAUGCAGACAUGUAUUGUGAACAGUAUGAUACGGGGGACAAUUUCAAGGCAACAGUUUAGAUUAAAUGUGGAUUUACUUUAUGGUCUUCUAAUUUUUCUUUACAGAAUGGAGCAGCACGCAGGCCUAGUGCCCCCACUGUACCAGCUGGACGGAAGCGAAAGUCAAAUAGCCUGAGUGCAGAUGAGGUGAGAAUUAGAAGUACAAGUUGUUCAUGCAAAGUGUUCAGAAACCUCCCUCUCCCUCUGAGUAGAUUAGUGCGCUGUACACUGAAAAUGAGACUGCCUAAUUGAGCUGAUCACAAAGAGAUAACAUGCCAUUGUCAUCAGGUCGCUUAGCACUUUGCUGGAAUUUUAUUUAUAUUUCUAAGCCAUGGCACACAUCAUUGACUGGAUGACUGGUCACAAAUUAAGCUAACCCUUUAAACCAUAGAUUAUCUCUGGUAUUUUCUGUUAUACAUCAUGUUUUACAAACACUUCACACUUGUUAUUUUUCUUUUCCCACGCUGCGAGUGAACAUUUAACUUAUUUAGCAUGUCACUGUCAUUUCAUGACUUUGUUUUUCUAAGGGUCUUGACUGUUUAUCACAUUCACAAUAACAUUGCCAUCAGAUAUUUUUUUUUUUUUGGUUCAUGAGUAGAAUAAACAGUGUAAUGUCCCUGUCAACUACUAAUUUUUGUAUUGCUUAGUCAUAGAGUAAGAAUGGGGGAGGAUUCUGAACACCCUAUUUCAGUGCACACUAUAUAUAUAUAUAUAAAUAUACACUUCCCAGUGUGUAUAUAUCUGUACACGUGUCUCCCUUACAAUAUGUGACGAAGAGACGCUGGUCUGUUCCGAUCCCUUCUCCCGGGCCAAGAUUUGUGGCGCCCGGCCCCACCCAAGAGGAUGCUGCUGCCCCUAUAUCUGAAUUUAUGGGUUCCCCGGAAGAGGUAGGUCUUACCCUGAUCUGUGUGCUCCCUGGAGUUAAGUGACCUAAUGACAGAGACAUGUUAAGAAUCGUUACUAAGGAGAACAGUGACCAACAUAAAUUAAGUGUAAAGAUUAAAUGUUCAAGACAAUUAUCUAGUGACAUUUGGAAAUUAUUUUGGCCAGUGCUUCCUAUGAUUGUAGUAACUUUGUGACAGUGACGUUUUGAAUGGGUCAACAUGUAAUCAGUGUGACUGUGACGUGUAUUAUUGGCUAAAACACCAGUCCUGCUUUACCUUUGCCCACCACUGCUGUUCUAGGAUUCUCAGGACAGCUCCGAUGGUAUCCCCUCUGCCCCUCGAAUGACAGGAAGCUUGGUUUCUGAUCGUAGCCAUGAUGACAUCAUUACUCGAAUGAAGAACAUUGAGUGCAUUGAGUUGGGCCGCCAUCGCCUCAAGCCUUGGUAUUUCUCUCCAUACCCUCAGGAACUGACUGUACUGCCCGUCCUUUACCUUUGCGAGUUCUGUCUCAAAUACUUAAAAAGCCUUAAAUGUCUACAGAGACAUUUGGUAAGUGCACAUUAUCACACCUGAAGCUCUUCUUGAGAUUGGGGUGAUGUGGGGUGUUGACUUUUGGUGGGUUGCAGGUGCAAUUUUAGUUGGAUGCACAAGACCAGUUUACAAUUUAUUUUCAAUCUCCCUUCUUAAAAUUGCAGACCAAAUGUAACCUACGGCAUCCCCCUGGGAAUGAAAUCUACAGGAAAGGAACAAUCUCAUUCUUUGAGAUAGAUGGACGCAAGAAUAAGGUGAGAGAGACUCUGGAACCUUGGUUCUUAUUUAAAAUAAUAUCACAUACAGAUAAGUCUGUCAAUAUUUCAAGCAUUCAACUAGGAGUUUAGAAAGAGCAAGGUAUCUAUAAAGGGACACUAAGCACCAGAACCACUACACCUUAAUAUAAUGUUCUGGUGCAAAGAGUCUUUCCCUGCAGGCUGACAGUUUUUUUAGAUGAGGCAGUGUUUACAUUUGUCCAUAAGGUCACCUCUUGCAUCUGUCAUUCAGAUGGCUUCUACUGGCCCUUCCUGGUGUGUGUUUGUGUCUUUAUGCUCUGCGUGAAGGUGCCAUCUGCUUCCUUUAGAGAUUCAUUGAUCUAAUGCAUCUCUAUAAGUAUAUGCUAAUUGAUGCUUUAAAAAAAAAACAUUAGCGGCAGAUAGGGGCCUAAGUGAUAAUGGGAUCCACCCACGUAAGUAUUUUAUUAGGUUGCCAUGUGCCAGGUCCCCCUUCAUUAAAUUGUGGGGGUCUUUUCUAGUAGACAUGCCCCUAUUCGCGGCGUAGGGGCAGGAGGGAGACUUUACAUAGCUGAAAAGAGACUUGUGUCCAUUAAGUUCAGCCUUCCUCACAUUUGUUUUUUGCUGUUGAUCUAAAAGAAGGCAAAAAACCCAGUUUGAAACACUUCCAAUUUUGCAACAAACUAGGAAAAAAAUUCCUUCUUGACCUCAGAAUGGCAGUCAGAUUUAUCCUUGGAUCAUGCAGCUAUUACCCUGAAUAUUCUGUUUUUGCAAGUAUGCAUCUAGGUGUUGUUUCAACAUCUGUAUGGACUCUGAUAAAACCACUUCUUCAGGCAGAGAAUUCCACAUCCUUAUUGUUCUUACAGUAAAAAACCUUUUCUUUGCCUUAGACGAAAUCUUCUUUCUUCCAGUCUAAAAGCAUGACAUCGUGUCCUAUGUAAAGUCUGGUUUGUGAAUAGAUUUCCACACAAUUGUUUAACCUCCCUUAUACUAAUAUUGACCCCAUAUAAUGAGAAGGGAAUUUAGGAAGUGGUGGGGAGCUUAGCUCCACCAACUUCUAAUUUUACAUAUUACCUGGAGGGAGUCACAAGCCAGUAGUAAUAAACUACACAAACGAAGUCAUAAUUUUUGUAAUUUCUAUUUGUUCAUUCGCCUUUUUGACAAAUGGAUGAAUAGCUGAAAUUCGUAACAAAAGCGACUUUCAAAGCGCAAGCUAGAGUAGGCAGAUGAAGGCCCUGCGGCACACGUCAUCCAGAAAAACAAAGAUGGCGCCGCCUAGGACCUAGAUCUGGAGAAGAAAUGAAGCUAUAUUUAAAAAAAAAAAAAUAGUGGACUUAGAGGCAUUUGAGGUGAUUUGGGGAACAAGAAAGGAGGAGUUGGGUUAAAACACAAAAAAGGAGAACAAGGGGAUGUCAUGACAGUCUUGCUUUCAUGGGCCCCCUAGAAGUAAUUGGGAAAAAAAACAACUUGCCUUAUUUUCCCUGAAGCCCCAUCCCUGCUGGCUUUGAACUUCAGUUCACCACAGGGAAGCAUAGGGGGGCUAAUGCAUGUGGUCAAAUAUAUAUUUAGUACAUUUGCAGAAAUAUAGAAGAUGUGAAAAAUUACGUUGUGUGGUUUUAGUUGCAUGUGCACAUGGGUAUAGAUGAAUGUGUGUUUGUGAAGAUAUGUAUACAUUACAGGUACUCCUCAAUUACCGACCGGGUUCAUUUCCUACGGCCCGGUCAUAGAACGAAUUGGUCAGUAAGUGAGGAGUUAAGGGAUUCCCUGCUCGUGUGCGCUUGUCUAUGUUUGGGGAAAUUUCACCGAACAUAGACAAACGCACACGAGCAGGGAAUCCCUCUAAUCUAUGGAAAUGGGAAAUGUCCCUGAACAUAGACGAACGCAGCAGAGCAGGGAAUCCAUCUAAUUCCCACGACGGCUCACACUUACCACCGCGCGAGAGAGCAGGUCGUAAGUGCGAGCUGUCGCAAAACGAAGACCACCUGUACAGAUGGAGAUGUUUUAGUAGAAUUGAGGUUUCUGGGUAGGUGUGUCUAUAUAUGGUGUGUGAUUUUAAUUUUAAACCAGUUUACUUGAGCUGGUGGCUGGGUAAUAGAGCUGCGAGCACUGAACACGUGAUUGAUGGAAGUUUAACUCUCUGAGCAUUGAAAAUGUGACAGUCACCACAGUGCACCAUUUCUUCAUAGAGCUGCAUUAUACAAUUACACCUCUAAGGGGACGUUCUAUGUUUUCAUCCUGAGAGUGAGGAUGCUGAAUGUCUGUUCUGCAAAUAUUGCAGGACUGUAAUAAGAACCUCUAGUGGCUGUCUUGAGUGACAGUCACUAGAGCUAGUGUUUUUAAAGCAAAGGCUGCAGGGACAAGCUUUUCGCACAAAAACCACUGCAUUAUGUUUUAGUGUUUCUAGCACUUCUGAGUUUCCCCUCUGACUUCAAAUGUGCUGAACUUGUGGGCAGCAGGAUUUUUAACCCUGCAGCUUCUGGUUAGAGGUAUCGGGAACAAAUGUUGUAUGUACCUCGCACUCUCUUGUAUGCUUGGUCCCCAUCCACUGCUUGGAUCAGUCUGGCAGUUUGGAGCACCAAGCAAAAUGGUCUAAAUGUACUAAUAUGUUAGAGACUUGCCAUUCAUUGCUGGUCUUUUUUUUUAAUUCCCAUUUCAGAGUUAUUCUCAGAAUCUUUGCCUGCUGGCAAAGUGUUUUUUGGACCACAAGACCCUAUACUACGACACAGACCCAUUCCUCUUCUAUAUCAUGACUGAAUACGAUUCAAAAGGCUUCCAUAUUGUUGGCUACUUUUCCAAGGUGUGCAGCUUUUUUGAAAUGCCAUGAAUGCUGUGUUGCAGAGUAGAUGUUAAAUUUUUGCUAACCCAUAAUCAUACAAUUUUCUCUACUAGGAGAAGGAAUCCACAGAGGACUACAAUGUGGCCUGUAUACUGACACUGCCUCCCUACCAGAGAAGAGGAUAUGGCAAACUUCUUAUUGAAUUCAGUAUGUACCCUGAGAUUCAUACAAUUCACAAAUUUGUCUCUCUGAAAUGCUUGUCUCUCAUCACCUACCCUAUCCUUCAUUCUAGGUUACGAGCUUUCAAAGGUGGAAGGGAAAACAGGAACCCCUGAAAAACCACUAUCUGAUCUAGGACUUCUCUCAUACCGCAGUUACUGGUCCCAGACAAUCUUAGAGAUUCUAAUGGAACUGAAGUCAGAGACUGGAGAGAGACCACAAAUUACUAUAAAGUGAGAAGGGUUUGUGGGAUAAUUAAGGGAACAUUUGUGUUAAAGCAUCUUGAAAACCAUGCUUGUCUAAUGAACUGCAUACCAUACUGUAGAUACCAUGAAUGCACAGAGUCUAGAUGUGCUGAGAAUAAAAGGUACAGUGUUGAUUACAUUUUUAAAUGUGCUAAAAUUGCUUUUUAAAACUUUUCUUUGCAGCGAUAUCAGCGAACUCACGAGUAUUAAGAAAGAAGAUGUUAUAUCCACAUUACAGUACUUGAACCUUAUCAACUACUAUAAGGUAAACUGCCUUUUGCGAGGGUGGAAACCUGUCAUCAUAGUGAACCCAAACUAUUUUUUCAAAAAUCAUACUCAAUAUUGGUACUCUUUUAUGGAGAUGUAUAUUUUCUGUCUGCAUGUGUAAUGUGUUUCACUGACGGCAAUAUUUAUCACAGUUUAACAACUGUGAGGUGUUUGAAGUUCUCAGAGAAAAUCAAUACAUACUUAUUUUAGACUUUUAAUAUAUAAACUCUUAUUAGAAGCAAAAACAGCCUAUUUUCUUGGUAACACCAUAUGUGUGACUUAUUCUCCUUUGAUAAGCCAUGUUCUGAUCACAUGAAAGCCUGCAGUCUAAAAUGUGGCAUUUCUUUUCCUCUCUUUCCCCAGGGACAAUACAUCCUGACAUUAUCAGAAGAUAUUGUGGAAGGUCAUGAUCGAGCCAUGCUCAAGAGAGUGCUGAGGAUAGAUUCUAAAUGUUUGCACUUUACUCCCAAGGACUGGAGCAAAAGGGGAAAGUGGUAGAGUAGCAUGGUUUUAGACAGGCAGGAUAUGAGGGCAAGAAGCAACUGAAAAUGCAAUGUGAAACUGGAAACCAGGUGGAAAAUACAAAUUAGGGCUUAUUUGAACCUACUCAUUACACUGUGGUUUUUGUUUUAGAAGUAGGGUUUCUGGUAGUUGUAUUUAUGAAAGGCAUUGAGAAGUUGGGGUAAAGUGAAACGGUCAUGGUUUCCCUUUUAGAUAUAAUAGCUCUCAAGGCUGUAAAUAUAUAAUCUAUUAUCAGUUAUAUAUUUGUGCUGUGGGACCUGUUAUAGGGAUACUCACCUGCUACUCCUUGUUCCAGUGCCUCCAUUCUCAGGGUAGGUGGAUGUUACACUGUUGUAACACCCACCCUCUGCUGGUGUUGUUGGAACUGCUUGGGGACACAACCAUGCUGACUUCACUUGCUGAAAAACAAUGUCAGUUCAUCCUGUACUCCCGUUGCAAGAAGGAAUAGCAGAGUGAAAGGAGCAAAGCAAAUUUUCCUUCUCUCCCCUGCUUUUUUUACACAUGAAUGCCAUUGAGGUCUAAUGCAGAGAAUUGUUUGGGGAAGGGACAGAACUUGAACCGGCAUUACAUUAUCUGUUUACUAGCACAAUAUCUAUAGAUGAAAUGUAAUGUUUGAUCAAUUAAACCAAAGUUGUGUAUUUUAUGGCUGGUAUUGUAACAAAUUCAAUUUUUCUAUAGACUAAUUACUUUAACUCUUAAACCCACAUGAUUAGUGUUAACAUGCAGAUAUUUAUUUGAAUCCUAGUCUCAGUAAAUGUCCAAUUCUCUACCAACUGUAGUUGCUUCAUUCAAAUAAGCCCUUAUUUCACGCUGGUUUUAGCUUGAUGUAAGAGAAGUCAAAUUAACAAGUACAUGGAAGAGAUUACAAAACUGUUACAAGGUAUUCCAAUUUUGCCACUUCUGAUGCUGAAAAUGUGGAUUCUGAGCAGGAAGUGUGGACAGUAUCGCCCAGUGUAAUUAGAAACUGUAAAUACAAGUGUUUUUAUAUCACCACUGUGCCGUCUAUUUUAUUUAAGUGUGGAAACUGUUAAUACAGAUCAUAGUGUGUAAAGAGAGCGAUGCAUUCCUACUUAAAGAAACAGAUACUGGUUAUGGUAAGCACGUUUAUUUUCUCACAGUUAUCCAAAUGUCUUCAUUUUUCUAAUCAACCGGUGCAUGGAUCUAGGGGGAAAAAAAUAAAUAUAUAUACUUUACAUUUGAAGCAAUACUACACUCAUACACCCUGCCCUAGGCCAGCUAUAAAUGGCUAUUUUACCUUUAUG